UCUUCUGAUACAGUAAAUCCUCCUCAGUUCUCAUUGUUCCGAUAAAUGGGACCAACAUGACCGACGCCGUCACCUACGCCGACCUCCGAUUCGGUGACUUUGCGCUGAAGGAAGCCAAGCACGGCGGCUCCACCCAAGAGGAUCCCACUGAGGAUGUUAUGUAUGAGAAUUUCACCGGUCUACGGCCCCCCAGAGAGAAGAUACCACCUCCGGCACCCGCUAUAGGUAGAGGCCAUCAGCUGAAGGCAGGCCUCCAGAAGUGGUCUCUGCACCUUUCUUUGGUCCUCCUGCUGCUCUGUCUGGUUUCAUUGGCAGCUCUCAUCGGCUUGACUGUGAAAUAUGUCCAACAGUCCAAUGAUUUCCAGAAGUCGGUGACCGAUCACGAGACAAUGAGCGGCAGUAUGACUCGGAGCCUCAGGAGUGGAGAGGACCUCCUGGAAUCGGUGAAGAAGAAGCUGGUGAUCACCGAGAGUGACCUGGAGAAGACCCGUCUGGAGCUGGAGACGGCAGUCCAGGGUAUUGUGGAUCUGAACAGCUCUCUGCUGCAGUGCAAGUGGGAGGAACAUAAUUCUACAUCUGAAAGACGAGCAACGGAGGAAAUGUUAAGAGACACAAGAACUAAACUGGACAAGUAUGAAAAAGACUUUUGUCCUGAAGGAUGGAUCUAUUUCAGAAUGAAAUGUUUCUGGUUUUCCAGUGAAAAGAAAACGUGGAAAAAUAGUGAAAAUGAUUGCGGAAGCAAAAAUUCCAAACUGAUUGUUGUGCAGCAGAAUGACAAGGAGCUAAAGAAUUUUCUAUCAAGAAAAGGAGAAUUCUGGGUUGGGAAGGAAAUAAUAUGGAAUUAUCCAAGAGGGUGGAAAUGGCCCACUGAAUAUAAUUCACAUCUCGAGGAUCCUUGUUGGAAGAUCGAUGGAGGGAACUUGAAAGGUGUGGCCUGUUGGGACUCCAAUAGGUGGAUCUGUGAGAGGAACCUCGUAUUAACUGCACUGAAGACUCAAUACAAGAACCUGGAAUUUAUUUUGGGAAAUGAAGAAUUCUUUUGUUACAAAAAGCACAACAGGGACAUGUAGGACAAACGUCUGGGAGAAGAGACCGGACGAUGUAUUCCCUCUAAAAUCCCCAACAUUAUCGCAAUUAUACUCUGAUGAUCAUCAGGACUCACCGUACCUGGGGGACUUUAUGGUGUCCAUCUAUGAGGAACAGGACCCCGACCAAUAUAUGGCCAUCACCUUCAUUCAUCCAGGGGCAUGGCUAGGUGUGAAAAAGACCAGGGGCU